AUGAGCGAUAAUGUGGAAGCCAACGGUAACUCAAAAAAUCUCUCAUUUUCUCAUUUUCUUGUUUUAAAGUAGCUGUUGCCGAGAACUGGGAGGAUGAUGACGCCAAUAGUGUGGAGAAGUCUCUAGAAGAGCGCUUUAAACAGGUGUUUGAAGUUUUUUAUUUUGAAUAUAAGGUUUUUGUUAAGGUGAAAAUCCUGCAAAAGAAACAGGCCGACAAGGAAGCAUUCAUUGAGAAGUCAAAGGAGGAGGGUUUGGUCGCAGAGCCGCCCAAGUUGUUAAGCAGGUACUGUGAAUUUUGACUGGUUCUCGUAAUUUGUUUCGCAACUUUCAGGCCAAACGAAGAAAUCGGGUCGAGGAAGAUCCUGCGGAGGCCGAAGAGCAAUGACAACGUUCAGAAUCAGAAAGAUGAUGAUGAAGCCAAGAAAAAAUCGGAGAAAACUCUUGAGGUUCAUUUAUAAUCGAUCGAUAUUGAAGAAGAGUGUUUUGCAGGAGCGCCAAGCAGCCUAUGACGAGGCAAGGAACCGGAUUCUGGGCACUGAUUACAAGCCAGAACCUGAGCCGGCCGUUAAAGUUGUUCCGCCAGCUCCGAGGUAACCAUAAUUGUUGAUUUGCAUCUUAUAACGAUUUCUUUUGAGGUCGAAAUCCCCGGAAACAGUCGUUUUGCCGAGGCAACCGGUGAUGCCUCCCUCAUAUAUGGAAUACGGAAGAAUGAGUUCAAAUGUUAGUUUUUCAAAAUAUCAAUUUUUUUAAUAUUGUCGAUCGAUUUUAAAAAUAUUUUUCAUUUAAAUAAGGUUUAGUCUAUUCUAAAGACCUUAGUAAGGAGUUUAAGGUUCAAAAAGAAUUUUUAAGGCGUUUUUAGCUAAUGAAAGCAAAAAAAUCAAAUUCUGGAUUUUCAAGUAGAACCUAUUUAAUUAUCAUUUUUUUAAAAACUCAAAAAGGGUUUAAUCAAGUUUUUUUAAAGCUGAUUUGAUCGUUAUGAUGUCCUGCUUUGUUUUAUUGCUCAAUCCCCGUUAUUUAUUGAUUAUUAUCCUAUGUUUUGCAGCCGACCUGAAACGGUCCAAUGAAGAUAUUGCAAGAGUUUUGCCCUUUUGAAAACUACACAACGGAUUUUUUUGAGAAGAAACUUUUUAAGUCGUCACUUUUCGAGUUUAAAAAAAUAUAAUUUAUCAUUUCUUCAUUACUGUUUUGAUUUUUCUUGAAGUUCAUUUUAUCACUUAAUUACCCGUGAUUUUUUUCUCCUUUGUUUGCAGCCAACCAAAAAAACGGUUCAAUGUACAAAAUAAAGCAAAUAUUUAGCGCUUUCAAAAACUCCGAUAAGAAAUUUUAAGCAAUUUUUAGUCAUCGUUUUCUGAGUCAAACAUAAAACUAAUAAUUUUUUUAAUCUCUACUUAUGAAUUCCAGAGUAGUCCCUAUAGGGGUUAGGUGAAUAACAGACCUUAUAGGGGCGGAAAAAAAGUGGUCCUUGUAGGGAUUUAAGGUCUGACUCCUCAGCCCCUAAAGGGGUCUUCCAAUUUAAUUUUUUUAAAAAAACGGUUAAUUUUUUUGAAUUUUCGUAUGGAGAUGCCUCUUCUCUUAGAGUACUUGGAAUGUAUCGAUUAGCAUGUUUUCUAUUGCAAGCUUAAGUGUUCCCUAGAGGGGCCCUUCAAGUGUCUCUAAGGUUGUCCCUAAAGGGACCACUUUCGAGUUCCUGAGUAGUUUGAUUUUCACAUUUCAACACCUAUUCACUCGCUCAAUACCCGUCAUUUUCUAAACAUUAUCCUCCAUUUGCAGCCGACCUCAAACGGGCCAAUGUUCAUGAAUUCGGGCUCCGUGCCGCCACACGUCAGGAACAUGUACGGCCAGGCGACACCGCAGUUCCCAACUUGUUCCAAUCAGACAAUCUUCAUGCCAAAUGCCUCGAAUAAUGUUGGUUUCUAUUCAGAUUAAUCAAAAUGAUUUUUGUUUCGUUAAUGUUUCAAUGAAUAUUUCAUUUCCAGCCGCAGUUCAUUAACGGCUAUCAGUAUCUCGAUACGACGGUGCCUCCGCCACCGCCCAGCCGCAUACAGUCGCCGGUUAUCCAUGGAGCUAACGUUCCUAUGGUUUGCUUGAGAAACUUAUUUUUGAUAAGGAAAAAUUGGGAUUUUCUGAGAGAGGCUUUGUAUUAACUAUUUAGGAACAAAUAUACGAAGAAAAAGUGGCAAUUUUGGUGUAGAAAGGUCCCUUUGGGGGCAACCUUAGGGAUCCUUGAAGGGACCCCUCUAGCAACCACUUUACCUACCCCUACAGUGAUCUCUAGCUUGCCAUAGGGGAAAUGCUAGUCGAUAAUUUUUAUGGACACUGGGCGAAAAAGCUUUUCCAUGGGAAAAAUGAAUGAAUAAGCGUUUGUUGAAAAAAAUUGAAAGACCCCUAUAGGAUCCACUUGAGCUUUAGGGGCUAAGGGGUCAGAUCCUCAACUCCUACAGGGACCACCUUGAUUUUACCCCUAUAGAGACCACUUUUUCUGCUGCUAUAGGGAUUUUUUUUUCUCCUAACCUCUAAAAUUCCUAGUAGAGAAAAUAGCUUGGAUCUCGAAAUUUGCGGUUUAAUAACAAUUAAAACGGCUUUUCGCCUCGAGACCCUCAUGACUAUGCUCCUUUAAUAAAGAAAGGGGACUGUAUGAAACUUCAUUUUUUUUUCCAAGCUGUCUUUUUCACGCUGUACCUUUUAUUUUCAUUUCUGUUUGAAGUUUUGAAAAAUUAAACUCAAUGAGAGUUUAUUAAGAACGCGAUGCCGCACCUGCAGCAGCUGUACAUCAACAGGGAGCAGCAAAUGCAGCAAGCCAUGCAAAUUCAGAGCCAAGGACAACCGCCUCAGGCCUACCAGGUUCCCGCCGGCUACAACCCGGUUCCCUAUGGGUACAUUUUCCGUUUCUAACUGUUCUCAAAAAAAGAAGUUUUUUUCUGUAGUGCUUAUAACAUGAUUACUCAGAAAAAUUUAUUUUGAAACUAAUACUUGAAGAAAACAGUUUUAAGAGUUUUUUAUACAUUCUAAGUACCUUAUGACGCUUAGCUGAUGAUUUUUUUGUUUUCGAGAUUUUUCACUCUGGAAUGCUGUUUGGACUAGAUCUGAAGAACAGAAAAAUGCAAAGACCAGGUCCUCAAAAAGUUUUAUUUGUUAGCCAAAUCUGCGCCAGUUUGUCUCUAUUUUUUUCCUCCUUUCCCUUCGAUCCGCGCGGUCUGUCUCUGUGUAUACGCCUUUAAAAUAACAGGGCUUCUAAGCUGAAUGAAAGGACAGGUCAUCAAAGGGAAUGGUUCCGUAGUUAGGAGGAAAAUGAAGAUUUUGAAAAGCCGGAGCUCAAUGGGCUGUAGUUGGUUGUCACUUUAAACUUCAAAACUUCAAAUCUUGGCUUAAAAAUCUCGGUUAAGUUAAGUUUUUUAUCGGGUUCAGAGGGUCUUCUCUUACAUAGAACCAUCUAAUACCCUGAUUAACCUUUAGGGUUCUCGAAAUAUCGAUUUUUCCUUGUUUUGUGUCGGUUUUGUCAUUUGAAACUAGAAAAUCUCGUGUCUCGGCUCAAAAUGUUCAAAAUCGAGUACAGUGGAGUUUUUAUUGGGUUCAGAGGGUCUUAUUCCUUCAUUCAGAACCAUCUGAUACCUUGAAGAACCUUUAGGGUUCUCGAAAUAUCAAAUUUAACUUUUUUUUUUGUUGAUGAAAUGGCAGUUUGGGGAUACGUGAUGUAUUCUUUUUCAAAUUUUGAGAAUUUCAAGUUAGGCGCAGAUUUGGUCUGCGCCAUUUGGGUUUAGGUUUUUAUUUAUUUUGGGUCAGUUUUGUCAUUUGACACUUCAAAAACACAAAAAAUGGCUAGAACUAGGUAAAAUAAAGAUUUUUAAUAUUUGCACAGGUCCACUUUCAUUUAGAACUAGCUGAUACCAUGAAAACCCAUAAUAUUUUCGAUGAACCGAACAUUUCGCAGAUGCCCGCCCUCGGUGGCGCCACUCUAUGCGAACAUGGCGAUGGACGCAGCCGCCGCCGCGGGUCAGCCUCCGUCGCAAAGAAAGCCAAAGAUGGGUUCGUACUCAACUCCGCUCUAUUAUCAUUGAAAUCCCAAUCCGACACUGUUACAGGACAAAAUAAGAGAGUGUGA